UUUACGUCUUCUCGGAGCCCAGCAGCAGCAGCGACAGCAGUGGUUUACAGUUUCUCUUAUAGUUUUGUUUGAACCUAAACAUGACCCGCAGUUCACCCCCCUGACCUGACCUGGUUCCGAACUGUUCCGUCGGACCCACGCUCGUAUGCUUCGCCUUCUUUAUUUUCAGAGCGACCAGAGGCAGCGGCUUCUUCCUCUGAGCCUGUCUGCGGGAAAGGUGAAGCCGCCAUCGGUUCACCGUUAGCCGCGAUGAGGCGGAUAACGGGAAACGCCAAGGAGGAAACUUUGAUCGAGCUGCAGAGCGCCGCAGACUCACAGAUUACAGCUGGUCCAGCUGUGUUGACUGCUUUCAGGAUAAACCUGCACUCAGAUGACAGCAGUGGAAAUGGUGUGGGUGUAUUAUCGGAGCGGGCUCAGCUGCCCGGACAUAUUGAGACAGAUAAGCUACAGCCCACCAGGGACACUGUGUUCUUCAGGGAUGGAGUGCGCAGGAUCGACUUUGUGUUGUCCUACGUCGACGAUAAAGAUGAGAAGAAACAGGAGAGAAGAAGGGCCUUUGAAGCCAACCUAGAGAAAACAGGACUCCAGUUGGAGACUGAAGACAAAUCAGACUCCAAAGACCAAAAGACAUAUUUCUUGAAGAUUCACGCUCCGUGGGAUGUUCUGGCCACUUAUGCGGAUGUGUUGAAGAUAAAAGUUCCCUUCAGGGAGAGUGACAUCCCUCAUGGUCAGGAUGUCCCGCUGGAGUGGCUCUCGCGUCCUUUCCGCCUGCCCGAUGACAUCAUCCGCCCACAAUGUGACUAUUUCACAUACCCCUUUGACAAGAACAAGACAGACUUCUUUCUUAUUGAAGACAAAGACACAUUCUUCCCACCAUCCACUAGAAACAGAAUUGUCUUCUACAUUCUGGCUCGUUGUCCAUAUUACGCUGAGGGUCGGAAGGACUGGGAGAAGACCGGAAUCAAGCGGUUACUAAGCAACGGGACCUUCAACGCAGCCUUCCCACUUCAUGAUUGUCGAUACUGGAAGAAGGCGAGGAAAGACGACGGCGAGAGCGAGCGCUACAACCUGUACAAGCACUGGGCCAGGUUCCUCUGUUUUUACAAGGAGCAGCCUCUGAACCUCAUUCGGAAGUACUAUGGGGAAAAGAUUGGGAUCUACUUUGCCUGGCUGGGCUUCUACACAGAGAUGCUCUUCUUUGCAGCCGUCAUGGGCCUUAUAUGUUUCACCUAUGGAGUCCUCAGCUAUGAUGAUAACAUAUCAAGCAAAGAAAUCUGUGAUCCUGAUAUUGGCGGCAGCAUCGUCAUGUGUCCUCUUUGCGAUAAGAAGUGCCCUUUUUGGAAGCUCAACUCCACCUGCCUCUCUUCCUGGCAAUCCCAUCUGUUUGAUAAUGAAGGAACGGUUUUCUUUGCCAUAUUUAUGGGGAUUUGGGUGACUCUAUUUCUGGAGAUCUGGAAGCGGCGUCAGGCUCGACUGGAGUACCAGUGGGACCUGGUUGACUUCGAGGAGGAGCAGCAGCAGCUUCAAAUCCGCCCAGAGUUUGAGAUCAAAUGCACCAAAAGGAGAAUCAACAAGAUCACGCAGGAAAGUGAGCCAUAUCUUCCCUUUAGCAGCAAAUGUGCUCGCUUCUCAUUGUCUGCAACCACAGUUCUCCUCUGGAUCUCUCUCAUCGUGGCCUGCAUCAUUGGUGUCAUUGCUUACAGACUGGCUGUGUACGCAGCCUUUGCAAGCAUCAUCAAAGACCCUCUGAGGAAAAUCCAGCUGGUGGGCAGAUUCAUCACUCCACAGCUGGCAACUUCCGUCACUGCUUCCUGCAUUAACUUUGCCAUCAUCAUGAUCCUGAACUUCUUUUAUGAGAAGGUGGCCGUGUGGAUUACUGACAUGGAAAUCCCCAAAACUCACCUGGAGUACGAGAACAAGCUGACAAUGAAGAUGUUUCUCUUCCAGUUUGUCAACUAUUACUCCUCCUGCUUCUAUGUUGCCUUCUUCAAAGGCAAGUUUGUGGGUUAUCCUGGUGCAUACUCCUACAUGUUGGGCAAUCUGACCAAACUGAGGAAUGAGGAGUGUGACCCUGGAGGCUGUCUGAUAGAGCUGACCACACAGCUGGUGAUCGUCAUGGCCGGGAAGCAGUUGUGGGGAAACGUUCAGGAGGCUUUGCUGCCAUUGAUGCGAAACUGGUGGAGCAGCAGGAAAGGACGACACAAUCCAGAGAACCAUUACAGCCGAUGGGAGCAGGAUUAUGUUCUGCAGAACUUCAGCCAGCUGGGCCUGUUCUACGAGUACCUGGAGAUGGUGAUCCAGUUUGGCUUCAUCACUCUGUUCGUGGCCUCCUUCCCUUUGGCUCCACUCCUGGCUCUUUUCAACAACAUCCUUGAAAUCAGGGUGGAUGCUUGGAAGUUCACCACACAGUUCAGGCGACCGGUGGCCUCCAAGGCCAGAAAUAUUGGUGCCUGGCAGGAGAUCCUUAACGCUGUGGCCAUUUUGUCCGUUGUCACCAACGCUUUUAUCAUGGCGUUCACCUCAGACAUGAUCCCCCGCAUGGUGUACCUCUAUGUUCUUAGCAAAGACCGCAGCAUGAGUGGCUAUGUCAACAGCAGCCUAUCAAUAUACAACAUUUCGCAGAUACAUCCUCAAAAUAUGCCAGAAGAGAGGUGGUAUGAUAACUCCACCACCACCUGCAGAUACAGAGACUACCGUAACCCUCCUGGCCACCAGAGGGAGUAUGAUCACAACAUGCAGUUCUGGCACAUCCUGGCAGCCAAAAUGGCCUUCAUUAUUAUCAUGGAACAUGUGGUCUUCGUGGUGAAGUUCUUUGUGGCGUGGAUGAUCCCAGACGUCCCCUCGGACGUGAAGGCGCGGAUUAAACGAGAGCGCUACCUGAUCCAGGAGUACCUGCACAAUUACGAGGUGGAGAGACUCAAAAUGCAGCUGAGCGCCAGCUUCAUCACGGAGCCAUGUUCGGAGAUGACCCUAACGUCCGACAAGCAGGAGAUGCUGUCUGAGUGCCUGUAGCCUGUUAUGUAACUAACCAAACAAAGAAGACAAGUCUGGGAGUUUUCCUCAAAGGGCUUGAACCUGUCAUCUAAAAGUGCUAAUUAUUUGUGUUUCAACACUUGCCAAAAUAUGCAUCAGAAGAAAAAUGUAGCACUAACUUUUUUUUAAAUUUAGGUCUGAUUUCUGAAGCUUAAAAAAGGGAUGGCGUGAACCAAGCAGUGUGAAUGCAGCCUCCUACUCUCUUGGUGUCUUCAAACUGACUUUAGUCUCCGUAUGUCUCUUCUGUUCUGUCAAGAAACGCAGUUUGAAAAGCAAAAACUGACUUCACAGAGCUGAAAGAGUUUUACAGUCAGAAUCUUAUCUCUGUAAUGAUUUACUAACAUCCUGCAUGAACAAUCACAAUCAAAUGAAGGUGUUUGCAUAUCUGGACCAAACUGAUUUUGUUUCGUUUUACAACCAUAGUGGAGGAAUUUAGGCUGAUGUUGUGUCUUUGUGUGCGCUUUAUCAUAUUUUGGUUUAGACUUUGUUCUGUGGAUAUAAAGAAGUGAGAACUUCCCUUUGGUGAAAAAAAACCUCCUUUAUUUUGCUGAAAUGCAUGCAACAAGCUGCAAGUCACUGUAAAGCUGUAGUUUACAACAAGGGUGAGGAAUCCAGGUCUCCAGAGCCGGUGUGUCUGCAUGUUUUCCAGAUAGCUUUGCCUUUACUCACGGCUCGUUUCCUGGAUCAGGUGUGUUCAGCCAAUCAGAUCACACCUAAACAGGAUAUGUUAAAAAAAACUAACAAGAAUUCAGUCUUCACCCCUUGUUUAUAAAAAUAUCAAGUUGUUGUAAAUAUCAAGAAUUAUGUAUUUAAAGAUAUUUGUUUAAUUAUUCAUUUAUUGAUUUGCUUCUGCUUUGCAGCCUAAUUGAUUUGCAAACAUAUUUUCUAUUAGAUUUUCAUCUCAAAUUCUACUUUUUGUAUUUGUCAUCUCUGUGUUUUUAAGCAAAAACAUCACAGUUUCUUAAAUUUUUUUAUUUUAAAGAUUUUAUUUCAAACUUGAAUUAUGUUACUGGACCACAACAGUACAAUUUAUACAAUCUAUAUCUGUAUAGUGAGUGGAUUAUUCCGAAAAAAGGACUUGUUAAUCUUCCACUAGUUAUUCUCUAAUCUGUAAUUUACUAUGUAAAUUAAAGUCUACACCUCAGCAGGAUUUCUUUUGACAGUCAAAAUAGUCAAAAUCAAAACUGACUUAAAUCUCAGGAUAAAACAUUGUCUUCAUUAGUUGUCAUUAAAUAUUUGCAGAUUGAAUGUUACCCACUAAACGCACGAUGAUCUGCCCAACAAACCAUCGCCUUAAAUAUCUGUGUUUUACUUGUUUUUAUAUGUAUUUCUAAAGAGCAAUGUACAAGCUGGAAGCAUUUUUCUAUUCUUUAUUGCUGCUUUGUCAUUUGUAAUGUCUUAAGUUGUUUGAGUAUAUAAAUAUUUUGUUGCUUCCUGACAGAAAGAGAAAAUAUUUAAAGCUGUUCAUUCGAAUAAAAUCAGGAGAAAAACACUG